AAAGCUUUAAUUCGCUAUUUUCACUGAAACAAAAUCCCUUCCGGUCUCCGCCUCCAUCAAGAGAGAGAGUACCGAAGCUGAGGAAGAAAAAUGGUUCAGCGGCUGACGUACCGGACGCGCCAUAGCUACGCCACCAAGUCUAACCAGCAUCGGGUCGUCAAAACUCCCGGUGGAAAACUUGUCUACCAGACAACUAAGAAGAGAGCCAGCGGACCCAAAUGCCCCGUUACCGGCAAACGGAUCCAAGGGAUUCCUCAUUUGAGGCCUGCGGAAUACAAGAGGUCUAGGCUACCUAGGAACAGAAGGACUGUGAACCGUGCCUAUGGUGGUGUGUUAUCUGGUAGUGCGGUCAGGGAAAGGAUCAUUAGGGCCUCUUUGGUUGAAGAACAGAAGAUAGUGAAGAAGGUUUUGAAAAUCCAGAAAAGCAAGGAAAAGCAGUCAUCAAAGAGCUAAAAGAUGAGAUAAAGGAACCUUUACUUUAAACUCUACUUUGCUUCAGUUAAAAUUUGGCUUUAAGGGAUCGUGAAUUGCUGCAUAUUAUUACUGUUGAGUUCGUUUGUUUUGGACAUGAAUGAGCAUUUAGUUGUUGGUAAU